AUGCUGCGCCUCCUCGCCGUGGCCUCGGCCGCGCGCUGCCAACCCCGCGCCGGCGCCGCCUCCACGCGUCGGCGAGCACCCCACCCGAUCACCUCGUUCGCCCCCUCGAACCGCCGCAGCGCCGAGUCCAUCCGCGUUCGCGCCGCCGCGCCGGGCGGCGGCGACAGCGGCGACGAGGUUUUCGACGUCGCCAACGUGGUCGAUGUGGACGCCAUCAGAGCCGCGGUGAACGACGACCCGGAGGUGCGCGCGCAGGAGGCGAAAAUCGCCGCCGAGGCGAGGAACGCGGCGUCGCUCCAGGUGGACGCCGAGAUGGCGCAGGAGGAGGCCAAGAUCGCGCUGGAGAUGGGCGCCACCGCUAAGGAUGCGUCGUCCCAGCUCGAGCAGGCGCAGGAGGCGGCACUCGCGGAGCUCGAGGCCAAGUCCGCGGCGGUGCUGGCGGCGGAGGCGAAGAUGGAGGAGAUCGCGCGCGAGCGCCGGGAGCUCCUGGAGGAGGCCGACGGCGCGGCGGUGGGGCAAGCGAGGAGCAAGUGGGGCAGCACCGUCGCCGACGACGUCGACGAAGACGCCGAGAGGAUCGAAUCCGCCAAAGCCGCAACCGCCGCCGCCGUCGCCGGAGCCCUCCUCUCCCUGCCCCUCACCCUCGCCCAGUCCCCGGGCGGGGUCGUGACGCUCGAAUCCGCGGCGGGGAUAUUCCUGUCUUGCGCGGUGUUCGGCGUCACGUACCGGUAUGCGGUGAGGGACGACCUCGGAAACGAUCAGCUCAAGGGGGGCGUCGUCGGAGCGUUUGGCCUCGCGAGGGGGUUGGGCUCAGCCGACGUGUACCUUCACGGGAGCGACGCGGGGGAGUUGGCGUCGUGGGCGGAGGCGGCGCUGCUGGCGGGGGAGAGCGUGCUGGUGUUCGCGUUCGCGGCGGCGGCGCUGGAGGCGGGGUUCGCGCGCGAGCUCAUCGCCCCGUUCCCGAUGAAGAAGAAGCGAUGACCUUAUGGACCAUAGUCUAUUUUGCGCUAACAAUCUUAUCUAUACACGUACCGACAUGUGCCACGCUUGUUCGACGACCCGGCACACACACGCGAACGAGCGCUCGUCAUCGAAGGAACGAGGGGUACCGCGCGCGGUCUCCGUGACCCUCGUCCAGCUCCCCCUCCGACGUGGCAUCCGACGUGGCAUCCGAGCGGGACCCGCCCCACUCGCUCUCCGACUCGCUGUUCCACAGCGACCCCGCGUCGCUCUCCACCUCGCUUCCGCUCGGCGUGGGGACGUCGGACCACCCGCCGCACGCCCUGAACCCGCCGUCGUCGGACGAUACCCCUCCUCCGUCCGACGUGGCAUCCGACGUGGCGUACUCGGAGGUUCCGAGCCGGCCGUACGCGGAGUAGUCGUACGUCGCGGGAGCGCCGUGGCCGGCCCACGUCUGCGACCCGCCCGUACCCUUCGUUCGUCUCCCUCGAGCCGCCCGCCCGUCGAGCCCGCCCCUCGGCCCCCCGCGCUCGAGCUCGGAGUCCGAGUCCGAGGCGAGGUCGGAUGCCACGUCGGAUGCCACGUCGGAUGCCACGUCGGAUCCCGCGUCGGACGAACCCGUGUCCGACACCGCCGA